AUGAGAAAAUCACUAUUCUCAAUCGCCGCGUUGGCUCUCAGUAUCUGCUCUGCCUUGUCGACGGGCGCCACCGGAGGACGUCCUCCUACCCUCAUCACAGACGCCCACAAGAGAGACCGGCUUCAGGAUGUAGUGACCUGGGAUGACCACUCGCUCUAUGUCCGCGGCGAGCGCGUGAUGAUCUUUUCCGGAGAGAUCCAUCCCUUCCGUCUACCCGUCCCGUCCCUCUGGCUGGACCUGUUCCAAAAGGUCAAGGCCCUGGGCCUCAACACUGUCAGCUUCUACGUCGACUGGGCUCUCCUCGAGGGCAAGGCCGGCGACUUCAACGCCGAUGGCGUCUUCGACCUCCAGCCGUUCUUUGACGCCGCGACCAAGGCCGGCGUGUAUCUCAUUGCGCGACCGGGACCGUACAUCAACGCCGAGGCCUCUGGUGGCGGGUUUCCCGGGUGGCUAGCGAGGAUUCAGGGGAGGCUAAGGACUUCGGAUCCCGAAUUUCUGUCGGCGACGGACAACUACAUGGCGAGGAUCUGUGGCAUCAUCGCCAAGGCUCAAAUCACCAACGGGGGGCCGGUCAUUCUGUUACAGUCGGAGAACGAGUACAGCAACUUUGAGAACGGCAGCAGGAAUGACGGGAAGUACUUUCAAUACGUCAUCGACCAGGCACGCAAAGCCGGGAUCGUCAUCCCGAUCAUCAACAACGAUGCCAGACCUGCGGGGAACAAUGCGCCUGGAACGGGUAUAGGAGCCGUGGAUAUUUAUGGACACGAUUCUUACCCUUUGGGCUUCGAUUGCUCAAAUCCGAACACAUGGCCGGACAACAGACUACCUACGAAUUUUCGAGCACUGCAUUUACAGCAGAGCUCCAUGACUCCGUAUUCAAUAAUAGAGUUUCAGGGUGGCUCCUUUGACCCAUUCGGCGGGCCUGGUUUCGAGAAAUGCGCCGCCUUGGUUAACCAUGAAUUCGAGCGGGUAUUUUAUAAGAACAACUUCGCAGCCGGCGUCACCAUAUAUAACCUCUAUAUGAUUUUUGGCGGCACAAACUGGGGUAACCUGGGCCACCCAGACGGUUACACAUCCUAUGAUUAUGGCGCAGCGAUCACAGAGGAACGAGGCAUCGGCAGAGAGAAGUUUUCCGAACUGAAACUCGAAGCCCAAUUUUUGAAAGUCUCGCCCGCGUAUCUGACCGCAACGCCCUACAACUCGACCGUGGGCGUCUAUAGCAAUGCCACCGGCAUUACCGUGACGCCUCUGUUGGGAAACGGCACCGGCUCGUUCUUCGUAGUGCGCCACAGCAACUAUUCCAACCUGGCCACGACGGAGUACGCCCUCCGGCUGCCAACGUCCGAGGGGAACAUCACGGUUCCUCGGUUCCGCGGGCUGCUCCGGCUCGGACGCCGCGACUCAAAGGUCGUGGUGACCGAUUACCGGGUCGGAAACACAACCGUCCUGUACUCGACGGCAGAGAUCUUCACGUGGAAAGAGUACAACGACCAGACAGUCCUCGUUGUCUAUGGUGGUCCCGAUGAGACCCAUGAAAUGGCGAUCAAAACGAACGCGACGCCUACCAUUAUGGAGGGAACCAGCGUUGACCACCACGAUGUCAACGGCACUUUGGUCUUGUCCUGGGCGACCUCACCAGCUCGCCGAGUUGUCCAAGUCGGUCACCUCUUCGUCUACAUCCUAGAUCGUAACUCCGCGUACAACUACUGGGUCACGGACAAACCGGGGGGAGGCAGCCAGCCCUCCUAUGGGACGUCGGUCAUGAAUCCUGACUCGCUAAUCAUAAACGGCGGCUACCUCGUCAGGUCGGUCUCGACACAAGGUGACACGCUCCGGAUUCAAGCAGACCUCAACCGCACCACCGAGCUGGAGAUCAUCGGCGUCGGUACGGAGGUCGCAAAGCUCGAAGUCAACGGGAAGUCACUGGACCACACGACGAACAAUUUGACGAACUGGGUGGCGCGCCCGUCCCUCGUGGACAUCCCUUUCACCGUCCCGGACCUGAAGACGCUCAACUGGACUUUCCUCGACUCGCUUCCAGAGAUCCGCCCAGGCUACGACGACUCGGCCUGGCCGCUCGCCAACCACAUCACCACCAACAACACAGUCGCCAACCUCACGACCCCCGUCUCCCUCUUCGCCUCCGACUACGGCUUCCAUGCGGGGACCCUCGUCUACCGGGGCUAUUUUACCGCCGCCGGCACCGAAGACACGCUCAACAUCACGACCCAGGGUGGCUCCGCCUAUGCGAGCUCCCUCUGGCUCAACGACACGUUCCUCGGCUCCUUCGCCAACAGCCACGACGACGUCGCGGAGAACAACAACUCCAACUACACCCUCGCGGGCCUGACGACCGCGGGCGCGACGUACGUCCUCACCGUCCUUGUCGACACGAUGGGACUGGAGGAGAACUUUGUCAUCGCGGCCGACGCAAUGAAGUCCCCGCGCGGCAUCAUGUCCUACAGCAUCACGUCUUCCCCGCCCGGAUGCGCGCCGCCGACGAACGUCACGGCGUGGAAGGUGACAGGGAACCUCGGCGGCGAGGACUACGCGGACCGGUUUCGGGGCCCGCUGAACGAGGGUGGGCUAUUCUUCGAGCGCCAGGGGUACCACCUCUCCGACCCGCCGGCGACGGCCUUUGCGAAGCAGAGGUCGCCGAUGGAGGGCACCGACGGUCCCGGUGUGGCGUUCUAUGCCGCGACGCUAGAGCUGAGCCUCCCGGCCUCGGACCUCGACAUCCCCCUGGCCUUCGUCCUGGACGAUAUGGACCCGUCCUCAUCCGCCGACGGCGGCGCCUACCGGGCGAUACUCUACGUCAACGGGUUCCAGUUCGGCAAGUACAUCAGCAACCUCGGCCCGCAGACGAGGUUCCCCGUGCCGGAGGGCGUGCUCCGCUACCAGGGUGCUAACUCGGUCGGGCUGGCCGUCUGGGCCCUCGGCAAAGGCGGGGCGCGGGUGCGGGACUUCCGGCUGGAGGCCGGGGAGGUCGUGACGACAGGGCGGGAGGAGGUGAAGGUCGUCGCCGGGCCGGCAUGGAGCCCGAGGGCGGGGGCGUACUAG